AUGGCGUUCCUGGACGCGGGAGUCUCCACGCGCUGUUGCAAAUCGCGUAACUACGCGAUGAGGCGAGACACCGUUGUCUCGAGAGCUUCGACGCGGGCGGCGAGCGCAACGUUUUCGGACGACCUCGAUGGUGAGGAACACGUGGUCGUGCUGCUGAGGUACUUUCACCAUGGUACGGGGCGUGACAGCGUGGUCGGGCCUGAGCCGCCGGUUGAUUGUACGGUCCGUACGUCCGCGACCUGCUUGGACCCCAUGGUGCAGAUGAAGCCGAAAAGCUUUGAAAAAGAAUCAAAAAACUACGCUGACGGAUGCGUUCGGAUGAACUUCAAAGACACAUACUUUCGGGACGCGGCGUCGCGUGGAUGUCGCUCUACACUAAACAUAAAUUACAGAUGAGUGGUAAGGGCAAGUCAAGCUGUAGCUAAAAAUAUGAUUGCUGCAAAAAUCAAAGGAUCAAUAGUCAAUAUAUCCUCAACCAUAUCUGAAAGAGCCAUACCAGAACAUGUUUCAUAUUGUGCAUCUAAAGGAGAAGUGAACCAAAUUACAAAGACAAUGGCUAUAGAAUUAGGACCGCUUGGCAUAAGGACAAACUAUGUUAAUCCUACUGUUGUAUCAACGAAUAUGGGAUUAAAAGCAUGGUCGGAUCCGAAUAAAUCAGAACCGAUUAUGAAGAGAAUACUAUUAGGGAGAUUUGCACAACCUAAUGAUAUUGCAGAUGCAGUGAUAUUUUUAUUGAGCGACUAUUCAACAAUGAUAAAUGGUGUGAAUCUAUAUAUAGACGGCGGUUUUAUGACUGGAUAA